GUAAAAAAAUAUACAAAAGAAACAAUGCACAGAUGGCUUUUCAGGAUAGCCUGUCCUAUGCAUACGAUGACAGUAGGACAUAAAGGUACAAUUUUGAAAAAUUGACACAUUUAUUUAUUUAAUGAAAUAAUAAAAUUUUAUAUUGCUCAACUAUAGCGAUUAUUAUGUUCAUAUUAAAUGUUAAAGAUACCUAAUAAUUAAUAAAUAAAAGUUAUACAUGUUUCUUUAUUGCCAUGUCUCUUGAAAUCGAAUUUUAAUGACAAAGCAUUGUAUUAUUAUUAUAUUGAUAUUACCUAUUUAUUAUUUUCAUUGCCCUAUAUGUUUAAGGGACGGUCGAUUUAUCUGGAUUAUAUGGCGUAUUCGACAGGACUUUAACCUAUUUGAGUAACACGUACACAUUAACUUCUAAAUGCAAAAUGUAUACUCGCUACAAUGUACAAAACCGCAAUAUAUUAUGUCUUAUCAAUGUAGGCAACGUUGAGUUCUCCUCAAUUAAGUGCACUUGAUUAGAACUGCGCAAUUACAGUAAUAAGUUACAAGGACUAUAUAUAAUCAAUCAUACGCACACAAUGUUUAGUACUAUUCGUAAUAAAGUCUUUACAAAUUUUCUGAAAUGGUUCUUUAUCUAGUUCAGUAACAUCAGACGUCAGAAGUGUAAAUCUCUCACACAGAAAAUGUAGAAUAGCGUACUCUGGAACAAUGAGAUCAAAGAAGUAUGUAAUGGAAAAUGAUCACUACCAGAAAAUGUCGCUACACGAACGAAUACUAUUGUGGUGGCAUAAGAGAAAGUUACGUAUGAUCGUUAUAAUCACAAUAGUUUUCGUAUUAACGAUGUACUAUCGUAAUAAUAUGGCUAAUUUUGGGGAAUUAAAGCACAAAGAAAAUAAGAAUGAACUACUUGUACCGUUAGCUAUUCCAAUUGUAGGGAAGAUAGAACCGACAAGUGACCCGAGCAAGAGCCAAGCAACACCAAUCAUAUCAUCUACAUAUAAUACAUCAUCUGAGAAAAAACUAAAUGUUCCAAAAGCUGCCCCCAAUUUACCAUCUGAAAUCCUUUUCUCUAAGCCUAUUGAGCCUUGCAAGAUGUUUUCUUGCUUUAACCACGGUCGCUGUAACAUCACAGGCGGGUUCCCCGUGUAUUUAUACGAUCUGAUGAUACCCUAUCCUGUCACCAACCGGAUCACGAGUUAUCAUUUGAGGCAGAUGUUGAGUUCCAAUUAUUUACUUACAACAGAUCCCAUUUCAGCUUGCAUAUAUGUUGCACUUGUUGGCGAAUAUAGUUAUAGUGACAAAAGUAACAUGUCAAAAGUAUCACACAAAUUUUCAAAUGAGAGCACUUUAAGGAAGUUGAGGUUUUGGCGACGCGCUGGUCGUAACCAUGUUUUGAUAAAUCUGGCGCAAACCAGAUUCCCAGAAGAUUCUGGAGAUGCAAUACUAGCUCAGACCACUUUCAAGCAAAACCACUUCCGACCAGGCUUUGAUGUCGUCAUUCCUCCAAUCUUUGGCCCCAUCAGCGGGGAUGUGUGGGCCCAGAUUACACCUAUAUCAACGCCUAAGAGAAGAUUUAUUCUCAGUUUUCAGGGCGUACCUGCUGAGAUGAAAUCAAGCCAACACCUUGGAACACUUAUACGGAUUUUAUCCAAAUUGGGAAAAACACGUACUCAAAUCAAUGGAUUUUAUAUACAAUUUCAAUGUGAAAUUAUUGAUAAAAAAUUUGACCCUAUUUCAGACUGGUCAUUAUGUGGUAAUCGUGAGUCUAGAAGAAAACUACUGAGGAAGUCUACUUUUGUCCUUAUAAUUACACCAGACACGCAUGUUUCAACUUAUUUACUACAAACGAGAUUAUUCGAAGCUUUAGAAUCUGGUGCGAUUCCAGUCGUACUUGGGGGGGACCGGAUCCAUCUGCCUUACGAGGAAGUAUUAGAUUGGCGUAAAGCAGUAAUUUCAUUAUCCAUAUACAGAGUCACGGAGCUGCGUUUGGUUUUAAGCACCAUAUCGUACGAAGACAUCCUGGCGUUUCGGAGACAAGGUCGUAUGUUGUGGGAGAGAUAUUUAGGAUCCAUGCAAGUGGUUUUAGACACUUUGCUAGGAGUAAUCCGAAGCAGGUUAAAUAUCCCACCGCGACCGAUAUCACCAAUGUUUGCUUCUGUUCAGAAAUAUGAGACUCCAAAUAUAACAAAAGUUGGUGGGAUACCGUCGAAGUGUUUCAAGAGGAACUUCACAGUUGGUUUGCUGAAUGGCUAUGAGCAGUGGAAUGUGUGGGGGGAUCCUUUUGUGCUGUACCCUCAUUUACCGUGGGAUCCUAUAAACCUUCCAAAACCCCGGUUCGUGGACUGGUCUGUAAAACCACAUUUCCACAAAUCGUGCAACGAGCUGGCGGGCGACUACCCUGUUGAACAAUUUACAGUUGUUUUACUGACUUAUGACAGGCCAACUAUGCUGUCCCAUGCUCUUGACGCGCUUUCGGCAAUGCCAUAUUUGAAUAAGAUCAUAGUUGUUAGCAACGGACCGAAAAAGCCGUCAAUGUCAGAUUGGCCUAAGACUGGGGCUCCUAUAGUCCUGGUUCGGGGCAAGAGGAACUCCUUAAACAACCGGUUUCUUCCUUACCACUUGAUAGAAACAGAAGCGGUGUUCAGUGUGGAUGACGACGCUGUGCCAAUGACAAAAGAUAUCUAUUUUGCUUUCAAAGUAUGGCGUGAACAUAGAGAUCAAAUUGUUGGUUUCUUUGGUCGAAAUUACGAAUGGGACACGAAAAAGAAUAAGGGAUUCACAUAUAGCAACAGAUAUAAGAAGCGUAGUAAAAAGACAAAUAUAGCACAGUUGUGUGAAGUCAGCAUGGUUCUCACGGGUGCGGCGUUUAUUCACCGCUACUAUAUGUGGGCUUACUGGCGUAUACUGCCACAGGCUAUGAGGGAUUACGUAGACGAACUCAUGAACUGUGAAGACAUCGCUAUGAAUUUUCUAGUCUCGCAUAUUACAAGAAAGCCACCGGUUAAGCCUGCGGCCCAAGGAACCAUGCAAUCGAAUAGCAGUGGAUCAUACAGGAAAUUGUCGCACAGUAAAUAUCACUAUAGAGACAGACAUAAAUGUUUGCAAUUUUUUACAAAGGUUAUGGGCUACAAUCCGCUGCUCACCACACAUUUUCGUCUGAAGUCUUUCCGAAAGAUGCCAUUAGACGAACAGUUUUAAGGAUGAAAUCGACAAUCAAUUACCUACCAAACACUCGACAUUGAAUCACAGCUCAAUUUCAAUUAAGUUGUAUUUUAAACCGAAGACCAAAACUAUAAACUAAUAAUAUAGAUUUCCAUAAAACUUACCGGCCCAAUUCUCCGGAAAACAAUGAUUUUUUUUUUUAUUCGGUGGACUUCAGGACAUAAGCC